CAUUCAUCCCCGUGGGUGGGUGUGCCAGUUGGGCUUCCCGGAAGCUAGGGAGUGUGUGAGCAAUGGGCGGUGGGGGGGGCCAUUAGUAGGCAAGAGUUGGGGCUGGACUAAGUGCCACUCUCUGCCGGGGUUUCUUUGCUGACGGGCUGCAAAGGCCAUGGAGGGCACUGCUUCCUCUCUCUCUCCCUGCCCUGUGUGGGGUUGACUGAGUGCAGGGAGCUGGGACACGCUGAGAUCUGCCAGGAGAAUGUGUCCCCACCCACCUCAGGAGCAGGUCCUGCCAGCCCAGCCCAGAGCAGGCAGCGGAAGCCACAGGGAACACAGGCCCCUCAGACGAGCGGGGUUCAUCUGUGUCCUCAGAACAGCUCUAGGACAGAGCUGUUCACAAAGCCUUCAAACUUUGGUCUCCACUGCUGACGAAGCGGUGACCCAAAGUGUCCAAGCCCCCGACAGCCAUCUGCCCCGCAGCCAUAGCCCACAUUCCCAUGUCCUGUCUGCCCCAGGACGGUCCCUGCACAGCCUCCAGGCCCCACUCUCGGGAUGAACACGAGGCCAGGACCCUAGCGUGCCCAAUGAUGUCCCCAGCCUAGCUCCUCUCACACUGUGGUACCAUGCAGCACAACUCUGCCAACAACUCCAGCCUCGCUUCCCAGUGCCCUGACUACCGGAACACCCACUACCUGCACAUGGUGGUCUACAGCCUGGUCCUGGCCGCAGGGCUUCCCCUCAACGCGCUGGCCCUCUGGGUCUUCCUGCGCGUGCUGCGCAUGCACUCCGUGGUGAGCGUGUACAUGUGCAACCUGGCGGCCAGCGACCUGCUCUUCACCCUCUCGCUGCCCCUGCGCAUCUCCUACUACGCCCUGCACUACUGGCCCUUCUCUGCCCUCCUGUGCCAGACGGCGGGUGCCAUCUUCCAGACGAACAUGUACGGCAGCUGCAUCUUCUUGACUCUCAUCAACGUGGACCGCUACGUGGCCAUCGUGCACCCGCUGCGGCUGCGGCACCUGCGGCGGCCCCGCGUGGCGCGGCUGCUGUGCCUGGGCGUGUGGGCGCUCAUUGCCGUGUUCGCCGUGCCCGCCGGCCUGGUGCACCGGCCCUCGCCCUGCAGCUACAACGGCAGCCAGGUGCACCUGUGCUUCGAGAGCUUCGGCGACAUGUGGCAGAACAGGCUACUGUGGCUCCUGCUGCUGGCCGAGGCGCUGGGCUUCUUGCUGCCCCUGGCGGCCAUGCUCUACUCGUCGGGCCGGGUCUUCUGGACCCUGGCGCGGCCAGACAGCACGCGGAGCCGGCGGGGGCAGAAGACCGUGCGCCUCCUGCUGGCCAACCUCGUCAUCUUCCUGCUGUGCUUCGUGCCCUACAACGCCACGCUGGCGGUCUACGGGCUGCUGCGGGGCAACGUGGUGGCGGCCCGCAGCGAGGUGCGCGACCGGGUGCGCCAGGCGCUCAUGGUCAUGGUGCUGUUGGCCGGCUCCAACUGCGUGCUGGACCCGCUCGUGUACUACUUCAGCGCCGAGGGUUUCCGCAACACCCUGCGCGGCCUGGGCACUCCGCUCCGCGCCAGGACCUUGGCCACCAACGGGGCUCAGGGAGCGCACGCCGAACGGUCCACCGAGGCCACCCUCAUCACCGGUCCGGCUACCGCCAACCAGAAGCUGCUCCGGCCUUCCAGCUUCGGGACGCCCUUGACCCAGCGCCUCGAGGACUCGGUCCUCUGAAUGCACUGCGU